AUGACGUCGCCUGCGAACCAGCAGACUCCGAUCCCGGCGACCAACACCAACGCUCCUACGGCAACUUCAUAUGCCUCCGCAGCAGGUGCGCCAAAGAAGUCCGCUCAAGCGCCUGUAGUUGCGCCCGGCUCGAACCCCCCCUUGGUGGUUGGCUCCUCUGCCCCGGCGGCACAGAAUGCUAAGGCUGCCUCAUCGCCUUCUCCAGUAAACGGCAAACAAGCCGUUCCUCCCGCAGUCCCGGCCGUCGCCCGCGGCUCCUUCAACGGCUCCGGCCCCGACCACUUUCGAAAAGGCUCCGUCACCAUGGCUGCCAACGGCCCCAGCGGCUACGUUCCCAAUGGUGGCUCCAUUGGUGGUGCCAAGUCUGGAAUCCAGUUUGGCUACGACUCGCCCGCUAUGGGACACAGCACUCCUCAGGUCGGCCACUCUGCUCCUAUCCCGGUCCCCGAUGCGAACAACAACCACCGAGUGCCCUCCCCCGCGCACUCUCCUGCUCCUAUUCCGCAGCCCUCUGCUAGCGGUGGCCGACCUCCGUCUAGCCUGCAGCAGCCAACGAACCAAAUGACCUUUGGCAGUCUUGGUAGCGAUGGUGAUCGCCACAUGAGACAAGGCUCCGUGCCUCCCAACUCGAACCUGGGAUCUCAGGGCACACACUUCCGCCGCGAGUCGAGCCAUUCCGUACAGAGCGACAGCAGCCGUGGCAACUUUGGCCCUCAAAACAACCGCCAGAACCGAGGCUCUUUCAACCCCCAUGCCACCCAGUUCAAUAACCAGAUGGGAUUCCCUCCCAACAACCAGUUUCGACCUCCUGGCCAAAACCGCGGCAUGCCUCCUCCUUUCCAGCCGGGUAUGACUCGACCCUACCCGAACUCACCUCAACCUGCCCGGAGCCCUGCUCUCGCCACCCUCAACCCCUCGCUCCCCGGCACGCCGAACAUGCCCCCCGCGACGAUGCAGCCCAACAUGGCUAUGCAGAAUCCUCCCGCAUAUCACUAUCCGCCACCGAUGGCAGCUCCUCAUCAGCAACAAGUACAAGUACAGUACCCCUUUCCUGCAGUAGCCACCAAAAUGAAUUUAAAGCCCAGUUACAAAAAGACAAAAGGCCGUCGUGAGCACGACAGGUCUCUUGUUCAAACGGGACGCCCCUUGGAUCCCGCGCGUGAGCCAAAUACCAGCGAUCAGCACCAACGCCGUCCUGGUGGCAGUGGCCAGCGUGCAGAUACAAUGUGGCGUGCCCACGAUAAGAACAACAUGCGUCCGGUUUCUAGUGGAAUUCCAAAGGACAGCCCUCCUCCCUAUGUUCCCUUUGUCAACUCCCCAAGCCACCCAAAUUCGCUUGACCUCUCUCCUGAAAACGGAGGAUUUGAACUCUGGCUAACUUGGAAGAAUCAGACUUUCGGUUUCCCCCCCCAGCAGAUGAACCAGUUUGGCCAGCCUAUGCCAUACUACCCCGGCGGAAUGCCCUACAUGGCUCCUCAGCCCAACUCUCAAGCUUACAACCAGCAGUUCGCCCCCCCUACUUACCACCAGCAGAGCCACAGCAUGUCCCGAUCGCCCUCGCAGCCUGAGCGGCCGGUCAGCGCCAGCCAGCCCAGCCAGCCCGCCAUUGUCUCAUCCAACCCCGGAGCCCUGAACGCUCAGCCAAAGCCAAACAGCUUUAUUAAGCCCAGGAAGAGUGCCGCAGUUCAAAUUAAGAAUCUUGCUGGUGAGGUUGUCGAUACGUCAACUUUCAAGCAGCCGGCUUCUCCUGUGCCUAGCACUCAUCAGACCAAGACUCCUCCUGUCGUCGCAACUUCAACUCCCCCACAACAGAAGCUCGACACACCCACUCACGCCCGCACGGACAGCCAAUCGCCGUCAAAGACAGCUAAGGAGAUUCAGGACGAAUUGAAGGCCAAGAUCCAGGCUGAGAUUAGGGCUGGUCAAGAGGCCGCCGCUGCUAAGGCCGCUGCUGCUAAUGAGCCCAAGCCCAAGGAAGAGGAAAAGAAAGAAGUGGCAGAGGAGCCAAUGGUCGAAGUCAAGCCGGAGGUCAAGGCCCAGCCCGAGGCGGCACCCGAAGUCAAGCCUGAGGAGAAGAAGGCCGAGCCUGUCGAAACCAAGGUUGAGGCCAAGCCUGAGCCCCAACCGGAGGUUACCGUCAAGGUUGAGACGCCAGCCCCUGAGAAGCCCGCCGAGGCUGCUAAGACUGAGGAGGCCCCGAAGGCAGAGGAGCCGACCAAGACUGCCGAAGAGCUUGCUGAUGAGGAGCUUGAUCGAAUCAUCCGGGAAAUGGAGGAAGCCGACGCCAAGCGUGAGGCAGAGGAAGAAGAGCGCCGUAAGAAGAGAGAGGCCGAGAAGGCAGCUCAAAAGGCGAACGAGGAGGCGAACCGAAAAACCAAGGCCGAAGAAGAAGACCGCAAGCUGCGCGAGCAGGAGCGUGAGAUGGAGAGACUCGAGGAAGAGAAGGAGAAGCGACGUGAAGCCGCCGAAUCUUCUGGAAAGUCCCUCUCCGUUGCUGAAGCCCUUGCUCAGAUGCGUGGUGGCGAUGAGGGCAAGAAGGACGAAUCUGCUGAGUCUGUUGCUGAUAAGCUCGCCGACAUGAGCAUUGGGGACAAGUCUGCCGAUGCUGCUGGCCAAAAGGAAAAGCGAGUCGCCAAGCCUGCCGCUCUCAACCUGGCCCCUAUCAAGACCAGCACCGUGGAGCCCCCUCAGCCCAGCGCUGCUCUCCAGUCUCUGAAGUCGGCUCGCUUCCUCCAGGUUAUGGACCAGGAUAUUUACCCCGAAGGUAUCAAGUCUCCUAACCCGGCCCUCAACGCCGCCGUCGCGAAGAAGGGCAAGACAUUCAAAUACGACGCUGCCUUCUUGCUCCAGUUCCAGAAGGUCUUUACUGAGCAGCCCUCGCUUCAGUUCCACCAGCAGAUUAAGCAGCUGAUUGGCGAUGGCGAUGGCAACCGAUCUGCAUCGCGCGGCCAGACCCCCAGCUCUGCCAGGCAGGGAUCUCGCGGUGGAGGUGGUUUCCCCGGCGGCUCUUUUGGCGUCCCUGCUGGACGCACUCUGCCUCCAGGAACCACAUCUGCCGACCGCAUGGCGAUUGCCAGUGGCACUCUGCCGCGGCCCCAGGUCAACCCGAUGGCGUCUUUCCAGCGUCCCGGCGCUGCUUUCCCUGGAUCAUCUUCCAUGUCUCGCACUUCAUCCCAGAACAUGCGCAACAUGCCCAACUCCCCGCGCCAGUCCAGCAGAUCCACUCGUGGUAGCCGACGCAACGACCUCGCUGCCAAGGAAGCCCAGGCUGCUAAGACCAUGCCUCUUACUGCCGGCCAGGAGGUCAAGCCCAUUACCAUUUCUGCCACUGGAUGGAAGGCUAGCAGCCUUGGCAAAGCCCCUGCUACCGCCGCUCCUCAGCCUGGCCAGCUCCUGGAUCCUGAGACUGUUCAGCGAAAGGUCAAGGCCGCUCUCAACAAGAUGACACCGGAGAAGUUCGACCGCAUUGCGGACCAGAUCCUUGUCAUUGCCUCACAGUCAAAGGAUGAAUCCGAUGGACGGACACUGCGCCAGGUCAUCCAGCUCACCUUUGAGAAGGCCACCGACGAAGCCCACUGGGCUUCCAUGUAUGCCAAGUUCUGCAAGCGCAUGCUUGAGACUAUGAGCCCUGAUAUUCGCGAUGAGAACAUUAAGGACAAGAAUGGCAACGUGGUCAGCGGCGGUAACCUGUUCCGCAAGUAUCUCCUGAAUCGAUGCCAGGAGGAGUUUGAGCGUGGCUGGACGUCCAACCUGCCCGAGGCCCCUGCGGCCGAAGAGGCUGAGAAGAAGACUGGAGAGGCUGCUAUGCUGUCUGAUGAAUACUACGCCGCCGCCGCCGCCAAGCGACGAGGCCUUGGUCUCGUUCAGUUCAUCGGAGAGCUGUUCAAGCUGGGCAUGCUUACUGAGCGUAUCAUGCACGAGUGUGUUCACAAGCUCGUCGAUUAUAAGGGAAUGCCCGACGAGGCCGAGAUCGAGUCUCUUUGCAAGCUGCUUCGCACUAUUGGUGCCAACCUCGAUGAGACCGACAAGGGCCGUCCUAUGAUGGACAUUUACUUCCAGCGUAUUCAGGGAAUGGCCGAUCUGCCCGAGCUACAGAGCCGUAUGAAGUUCAUGCUCAUGGAUGUCAUUGAUCUCCGAAGAGCACGCUGGGUGUCCAAGGAGGCCAACAAGGGCCCCAAGACCUUGGACGAGGUUCGCGCGGAAGCCGAAGCUCAACAAGCUGCCAAGGCCCAGGAGGCGGCACGAACCAACCAGCGGGGUGGCCCUGGUGGUGGCCGCCCCCCUGUUGGCCGUGGCGAUGCCCGAGGCUUUUCUGGAAACUUCAGCCAGCCAGUCAGCAACCAGGUUGGCAUGGACGACCUCAGACGUCUGAAGGGCUCGUCUGUCAACCGAACCUCAAGCUCAAAUGUCACCUUGGGCCCUGCAUCAAUGCUCUCCUCUCGUAGCAACAGCGGACGACGAUUUGGACCUGGUGGCGCUCUUGGUCGUCCUGGCGAUGACUCCAACAGCUCCUCCCGCGCUGGAACUCCUGGCCCAACAAGCUCUAAUGCUUUCAGCUUGCUAGCCACUAUGGAUAAUGACCACCCGGCCUCCCCUCCGUCUGCUGGACCCUCGCCUCUCAUGUCAAAGGCAGUUCCUGCCACUGACAAGAAGGACAAUGAAUAAAAAGACUCUUUUCUUUAUUCUCGGUGUCUUUGCAUUUUUGGGGGGGAAUAGACUCGGCGGGGUUGUGUUUUUUUUCUUGCAUUUACAAGGCUUUCAUGCGACGUCUUCACUAAAAGUUUGAGCACGCAUUUCACACGCGAUACCUUUUGCCCCAUAGACCAUUUGACCAAACGAGUGGACAGAUGUGGCCUCCCUCAAAGAAGAGGAGAUCGGGGGCACUUUUCUCUUUAUUUUACUUUUUUUUUACUGUCUCCGGACUAGGGAUUCACCAUGCCUUUUUAUUCAUGAUUGUGUUAUACCUUCUUCUAAUGUCCCUUUGGUGUGCUCCAAUUCUUAAUGUUGAGUGGCUCGGAAAUGUGAGAAAAAUAAGGACUCAGUUGAUGUCAUCAUCUGCCAGCACAAAAGGGUCAUUGUGAGGAAAUUAUGGACGCAAUGCCCAGCUGUCAGUGAUGGGGCCAAUCGGCGAGAUGAGAGAAUGCCCACACCCGAGACCUGCGAAGGGGGAUGAAAACACAAAAUGGGAUGCGUCAUGUUUGGAAGUUGACGAGGCUUAACAUGGAAGUCAAGAGGCUCAUGGUGACAAAGGCAACUGGAUGGCUACUUGUUUGCCACAAAAUGAUGAUGUAUUUACGAGGGAGUGGGGGGAAAAGGGAGGGAAGAGGCAAUUCGGAAUGGAAUAUGGUUGUGGUUUUACAAUGGGGGGGGGAAGAGGUCUUGAUAUCUGAUAUUUAUCCCUCAUGUUGCCUUUAAAGCCGUGUUCUCCUUUUGCAGGCCUGUCUUUGUUUUGUCACCGUGUGCUUGCUGUGUGUACUUUGAUGGACGGGACGGGACAUUUGGGUGAUGGGCUUGGCUGAGCGGCAUGAGUACCACGUAUAUUGACCCUUUUCUUUU